UUCCCCUCGCCAAGGCAGGAGCAUCUCCAACCUCUCUCAUACAGGGGAAAGUAAAAGAAAGAAAAGAUGGCAUUAAGCUCCACAAAUCUCGCCCUAUAUUGCUUUCUGUGCCUGGCAAUCUCAUUAGCCUCUUCUCAUCCAGCCUAUGAUAGCUUCCUCCACUGCCUCUCCAUUCACAGCCCACCUUCCACCAACUUCUCGCAACUCGUCUACUUUCCCGACACCGAUUCCUACUCCUCUCUCCUCCUAUCAUCCAUCCAAAACCUCAGGUUCGCAUCUCCCACUACUCCAAAGCCCCUCCUCAUCCUCGAGCCUGCGGAUGCGUCCCAGAUCCAAGCUUCGGUCAUCUGUUGCAGGAUCCACAGCCUGACAUUGAGAGUUCGGAGCGGCGGGCACGACUAUGAAGGCCUUUCCUACCGGUCCGACCAUGACAGCCGCUUCAUCUUGCUUGAUCUCGCAAGCCUUAGAUCGAUAAGUGUCGACACGGAGCAUGGCAUCGCUUGGGUCCAGUCCGGUGCCACUCUAGGCGAACUCUAUUACAGGAUUGCAGAAAAGAGCAGCCUCCAUGGUUUCCCAGCAGGCAUCUGCCACACUGUCUGCGUCGGCGGGCACCUAAGUGGUGGCGGUGUGGGGACCUUGGUAAGGAAAUAUGGUCUCUCUGCUGACAAUGUCCUGGACGCGACGUUAGUUGAUGUCAAAGGGAGGCUCUUGGACAGAGAGUCCAUGGGGGAAGAUCUCUUCUGGGCUAUCAGAGGAGGUGGAGGAGCAAGCUUCGGUAUCAUAGUCUCGUGGAAGGUCAGGUUAGUCCCCGUUCCCCCCACUGUCACUGUUUUCACCCUCCGCAGGACCUUGGAGCAGGGAGCAAUAGAGCUUCUGAAUAAAUGGCAACACGUCGCACACAAGCUCCACGAAGAUCUAUUCCUCCAGGCUCAUAUCCAGCCCUCGGAGGGUGGAGAGAAGGGAGUGGUGGCUGUUUUUACUUCUUUGUUUCUUGGCGGUUGCGCUGAGCUGCUCCAGCAUACCGGGAAGAGCUUCCCAGAGCUGGGGGUGAAGAGGAAUGACUGCAGGGAGAUGAGUUGGAUUCAAUCUGCGGUCUACUUUGCUGGGUAUACAAACGGAGAGCCCGUGGAAGUUUUGCUGGAUAGGGGUUUGUACUCGAAGGGAUUCCAAAAGGGCAAGUCUGACUAUGUGAAGGAUCCCAUCCCUUUAAGUGGGUGGGAAGGGAUCUGGAGAAGGUUUUCGGAGCAGGGUGCCGGCUCCAUGUUCAUGGAUCCUCAUGGUGGGAGGAUGGAUGAGAUUCUUGAAUCAGAGAUUCCAUUUCCCCAUAGGCGGGGGAAUUUGUUCAAUAUUGAAUAUACGGUUGAAUGGAAUGACAGUGGGUCUUGGGCAGCUGAAAAGCACUUGGAUUGGAUUGGGAGAAUGCAUGGAUAUAUGAGGCCCUACGCAUCAAAGCAUCCGAGGGCUGCUUAUCUGAAUUGCAGGGAUCUGGACCUGGGUAAGAAUGAGGAGGGUAAUACAAGCUACUCGACGGCUAGAGUCUGGGGUAGGAAGUACUUCAAAAAUAAUUUUAAGAGGUUGGCGAUUGUGAAGGGCAAAGUUGAUCCAGAGGAUUUCUUCUGGAGUGAACAGAGCAUCCCACCUCUUAUUGUAGACAAAGAAAGGAGGUCGAGUUUGAUUGGCUUCAAGGCACUAAUUUCUAAACCCAAGCCACCGAUCAAACACUUCCUCUGACUAGUGAAGAAUGUAUGGUUGUGAACUUGGUAAAUGGUCUUGUUAAUUACUUUAGUAAGCAA